CGGGUGGAUGGUGAAGGCAUCCAACAGGCGGAGGGAGGGAGGCGAGUGUUCGUUGUUUGUAAAUUAUGAGAAUCGGAGAGGGAGUGUGAGAGAGUGAGAGAGAGAGAGAGAGGUGGGGGUAGAUUGGGCUCGAAGCUUCCCGCGACGUCUCUCAGCGUCAUUCAUCAUCUUCGUCGAUUGAGAAGCAUCGUGCUGCACCACACCGCAGCUCUCCGUCCUCGUCCGGGAAUCGACUUGCAGAAUUUCGAUUCGAGGAUUCGCUGCGUUCCGCCCUCCGAGUGUGGUGUCGGAUUUGGUAGCCCGGGGAUACGACCCACGCCCACAAAAUGGGGGAGACUGCGGAUCCGAAGAAAGUUCUUCUGCCUUAUUUGCAAAGGGCGGAUGAGUUGCAAAAGCAUGAGCCGUUGGUGGCGUAUUACUGUCGGUUGUUCGCCAUGGAAGCGGGCUUGAAAAUUCCUGUGAAGGAACGGGGCAAGACAAUAAAUGGUCUGCUUGUGUCGCUGAUGUCACAACUUGAAAAGGAUAAAAAGGUAGUAAAAUUGAGUCCUGACGACAAUAUGUAUUUGGAAGGAUUUGCCUUAAGUGUCUUCGCCAAAGCUGAUAAGCAAGACAGGGCAGGUCGAGCUGACUUAAACACCGCCAAGACGUUUUAUGCAGCAAGCAUUUUCUUCGAUAUCCUUCAUCAAUUUGGCGAGUUACCUCCUGAUAUCGAGCAAAAGAAAAGGUAUGGUACCUGGAAGGCAGCUGAUAUUCGGAAGGCUUUAAGUGAAGGGCGCAAACCAAUUGCCGGCCCCCCAGCUGGCGAUGAGCAGUUUUCCGAAAUGGAACAAAUGACAUGGGAGACCGAGGGAUCGCCUCAGAAGAGCAACAUCAGUCCGCCUGCUGUUGCACCCGAUGUCCCUCCGUUCCAACCUGGAUCACCUCCACCUCCGACCGUCAACCAUCAGCUUUCAAGGUCGGACUCAAUUCCACGAACCUCGUCGAUUGACUCUUUGCCGAGACCUCCAUCUACAGCGCCAUUCGCACAUGCUACUCAGCAUAAUCGGACAGGUUCUCUAGACGACAUUGACCUACCCUCAGCCCCCUCUCAACCAAUCUAUCCAGGGGUUCACAAUUCGUCGCCUCCUCAAUAUCCGUCUGGCUUUUCUCAGUAUCCUGGACAAGACACAGGUGCCCCACCACCUCCUAUUCAUGACUGGUCAGGUACCCGUUCCCACGUACCUCACGGAGCCGAUAGACCUGGUGAAUCGCCAAACAGCAGCCCUUUCAAUUACCCUGCAAACUCUCCCGACGACUACAACUCGAAUAGCUCGAAUACCUCCAACUAUCCUUCUUAUUCGUCUCACGUUCCUCAUCACUCGCCAUCAGCCUAUGGAACGGAACAAGGAAACAAUUAUUCACAAUAUUCUGCACCUCCACCACCCACCGUACCCGUGUUCCAACCAGGAGCUUACCCGUCUGCAGCACCCAGUCAGACAGCAUACCCGUCCACACUUCCAACUCAGACUGCUUAUCCAUCUGCUGCUCCAUCUCACAACUCCUUUACACCGGCAGCCACAACUCAGAACGUCAACAUGGGGUACUCGGAGCCCCCGCAACACCACCGAACGGCGAGUGCUCCACCCGUAGCUCAGCCAACUGUAGGUUACCCAAAUCAGUCAUACGGCAGUGCCAGUAGCUAUCAACCUACACCGGAUAAAGUUGCGGAAGCACACAAAGCAGCAAGGUUUGCAGUGAGUGCCCUUGCGUUCGAUGAUGUGCCUACUGCUAUAGAGUAUCUCAGGAAGUCCAUGGAGCUACUGACCUCUUCUUCAUCACAAGCUCACUGAUUGUUACCAGGUUGAAGUACAACUUACUCCAGCUGCAACAGUCGUAUUAGGUUGUAGGACAUGCAGAUUUUUGGUCCUCGAUGGCUCGAUGAAAGUUGGAGGCUGGCUAAUCUUGACGUGACUAUGUUUUCACGAUUUUGGAAAUCCAUUUGUUUGCACUCUCCGCAGUGAUAUCUCCAGAAAAUCUCAGGCCAUUGGCCUUCGAUGGCUUUUCAAAACUAGUGGAUCUCUAACAUCACAAAGGUUCAGAACAACUGAUACAUCCAUUGAAGUCGGUUUACUCCACAUAAGCUUAGUAGAGAUUGUAAAUUCUUUCAUGUCUCAUGUGUUUUUUACGAUCAUUUUCCAAAUGGUUUCCUUUCAUACAGCACCCAGGCUCUGGGAGUGGACACUGCUUGUACCAAUGUAGGACUGUAUACAGUCACAGGGUCUAAAUUCAUGAUCCAACCGUCUGUGGCGGUUCCUUUAUUGGUCGAGACCAGUUACUGUAAUAUGCUGACACAUUUGUAGGAAUCAAAGAAACUCCGGUUUUUUGUAACCUCGGUAGCGUCGACAGGUAGGACUGUAAUUAGAAUUAUGAAAUGUUGUGGGUUUCUGGCGGUCCCACGCCAUACUAGUUGGUGCAGUUGAGAUGAAGCAGAUAGUAAUGGAUCCUCCACCGUCCAGCUCACUUAAGAACUUCGUUUUCCUAUGUGGUGCUUAUGGUGAGAGCAAGUAUUUAUUUCGUCUCAAACACAAUCCAUUGUCGAGGAUGUCGUAUACUGACAGACUUUUUUUGUGAGGUUGACGACACCUUCCUGCUCUGCCCCGGGGAAGAAUAUACGGAGACUUUCGGUGUCAGAAGUUGAUCCCACGCUCCAAUCCACACUCGCUUGCACCAUGCAAGCUGCGAGUGGACGUGAUGAAAUGUAGGACCAUUGAUGUUUAAGGUGGCAACUUUCUGCUUUCUUAAUGUGUGUAGCGAAUUAUAUGGAUGACAUGCACGGUCGCUGAGACUGGAUUGUGAUCUGCCCCAGUCAAGCAGUUUGUGAGUUUGUAUUCCGAAGGAGUCGAAGCUUCACUCAAGUUUGAUGAAUAUGGAGGUUCGUCGUUGAACGAGCUUGAGAGAAAAACGUUUAUCGUUUCCUGGAUUUAAGUCCUCAGAUAUAGCGAUCGAGAAGAAUCGAUAUCACACCGACGUACUCUUUUGGUGGCCGAUUUGAGGUAUUGCAAAUACCUCAAAUCAGCCACCGUGGCGACGAGCGAUGGGAUGUGAACUUUUUGUGGAAAACAUCGAUCGGCUACGUUCUCUGCUGUACAACUUAAUGUAGGUAACCUUCAUCGAGACAUACAGCUUGAUCUGCU